AUGUUGAGUGCAACGGAAACAUGGCGUCAGUGCGCCGCAAUGAUGGACAACACCUCGAAGGAAGAGCUGCUUUCCGCAGCUGCUGUUGCUGGGGAAACACUUGCAGCCGAUGAGCCAACGCGGUGUACAUUUCCCGAUGGCCCACAGGAGACGAGUAAUGCAAUGCUUGUAAAUGCCCUUCUUUUUCUUUUUAGGCAGCUAUGCGCCGAGUACAUACGAGACGCAGACACGGCGCGUCAGUUUCUUCUGUCACCGCAAUUCGGCGUUGCCCCGCAGACCGCAGACGUCAUUGUGGAAGUAUGGAUGAAGAAUGGCCGAGGCGUCAUGGCACAGGCGCGGCGCCGGACCGUCGCAGACUUUUGCAGCAUGGCAACCUGUGGAGACGCCGCGUUGGAACGCGUGCCACUUUUUCUUGCCUCGAGAUCGCGUGUUGUGGUGGCGGAAGGGAACGUGUCGGAGGAGGGUUUGAACCUUCAAGACAAUGAGCACCGCGUGGAGUCCUUGCUAGCACUUCCCGCAACUGCCAAAUAUCCUUGUGGCGUGGAGGUUGUUGUCGGGUCCGAGGAGGCCUAUAUGCUGUUCUGUGAACUUGACAAGGUGCAGGCAAAGCUUGAUGCCUUGCUCAUGCACUCCCAGUAG